AUGGCUCUUUGUCGAUACUGUUUCGCGUUUUUGUCUUUUUUCGCGUGUGUUUCGGCCAUCGUUGGUCCAGCAGCGAAUAGUUCUAAAGUUGUUAUUGUAACGAAAGCAGACACUUACCUCGAUGCCUAUUCCAAAUCUCGAGUGGAUGCCGAAAAAGCGAAAGAGGGUGUAGUGAUCGUAACGGCUAAGGAUGGAGAGAAAAAAAUAUCUAACCGUGAUGAUAGCUACAAUUCCGGAUAUGAUUAUUCACCUCCGUACUCAAGCAGCGACAGCUUUAGUUCAUCUGGAUCUCCGAGUUAUUCUGGACCUUCUAGCUAUUCUGGUUCUUCGAACAGCUAUGUACCUCCGUCAAGUUAUGGACCGCCGGUAAAAUUUGAAUCGGAUGUUACGUAUACUUCACCACCCAAUACUUAUGGACCACCUGCUUCAAAUUAUGGACCUCCAGCGCAUAGUUACGGGCCUCCCGCUCAGAGUUACGGACCUCCUGCGCACUCUUAUGGGCCACCAGCUCCAGUUUACGGGCCUCCAAUUCACAAACCUGCACCACUUGCCCCAGUUUAUGGGCCCCCUCUUAAACCGUCCUAUGGUGUCCCUUACACAGCCCCAGGACUAAGUUUCUUUGACAAAUUGUCAUUGAAAUUGGAUAUUUUGACGAUUGCAAAAUUGAUGCUGAAAUUCCUUAUAUUUAAAAAAAUCGUCACUAUGAUCGCUGUGGUGUGCAUGUUGCUCGUCAUCCCCAAGUUAAUAUCUUUCAAAAAAGAUAAAGACGGAACUGAAGAGGACGAACGCAAAUUUGGUGGUCGUAAUGUGGUGGAAUUAAAUUCAGCACAACAGUUGUUAGAGAGAGCUAUGAACGUGUAUGGACGACAGCGCGCCGAUUGUGGCCUCACGUGUCGCGUGCGCAGCGUCAUUGACGACAUUUACGACUUUCAACCCUAUUUCAGAGUCAACGGCAACGCAGAGUCGUAAUCGAUCGCAAGGUGAAAAGGCGUAAUUCGU